AUGGCAGAGAAAUUGGCACCGGAAAAGCGUCACGUUUUCCUCCACAACGGUCAAAAGGUUUUCGAAUGGGAUCAAACCCUAGAAGAGGUCGAUAUUUACAUUAAUCUUCCUCCUAAUGUUCAUUCCAAACUAUUUUACUGUAAGAUUCAGUCCAAACACAUUGAACUUGGCAUCAAAGGCAAUCCUCCCUUUCUCAAUCAUGAUCUUAGUUCACCGGUGAAGACAGAUUCUUCGUUUUGGACUUUAGAGGAUGACAUAAUGCAUAUAACUUUGAAUAAAAGAGAUAAGGGUCAGACAUGGGCUUCUCCUAUAUUAGGUCAAGGUCAGUUGGAUGCUUACUCUAGUGAUCUUGAGCAGAAACGCCUCAUGCUUCAAAGAUUUCAAGAGGAGAACCCGGGAUUUGAUUUUUCACAAGCUCAAUUUAGUGGAAACUGCCCCGAUCCAAGGACCUUCAUGGGUGGAAUUCGAACGGAUUGA